UGCCGUUUGGUUGUAAAAUUGCGAAUCGUUCGCCGAGACGCGGGACAAGUGCUCUGCACGGUUGUUAUCAGUCUCUACUAACUAGUCCUAGUAGCUAGCUGGGAUGCUUCCAUCAUCAUCAUCAUCAUCAUCAUCGUCAUCAGUGUAUAGACCUUCUGCCAGUGGGGCUGCCCUGGGAGGAAAGAGUGUAACGCUCGCUUCCGGUUUCCGUGUCCGCCCGUCAGGUUGAAAGAGUGAAGUUCUUCAGUGUAGACGCGAAGUGGUUUCCCGACGGAACUAGUGUGGAUUUUUUCGGGGGGUUAUUCCAAGCAGAAAGUCGCAGUGUGCCUAGAGAUAAUAUUUCGACUCCGUCUUUUGAAGCGAAAUGCCCUGGCAGAAUUUGGCCUGCUGUGAUGCGCACAUCAAUCAGCCUACUGUAGAAAUGCUAGGUGUAAUGUAAGCUCACUCUGUCUACGUGCUGUGGGUGACGAGUUAAUAGCAAAGUACAUGAAACCAAAGUGCUAAAAUAAGCGUGAAAUGGAUUUUCGACGAGAAACCGGUGAGGAAAUCUGAUAGUGUGUCUCGUUUGUGCCCGUUAGUAGUGCUGGCUGCUGUGCUGUAUUGUUACCAUCGAGAAGCUCCACAGCGAUUGUGAUGGUGCGGGUUUACGGUUUGUUUACGGCUGUGGAAGUUUAGCGCCUGAAACGGAAGGCAGGAAGGCAGAAUACGGAAGGAGAAGAAACCAAGCUAGAAGCCUUUAAAAAGUUGCAUCUCGGUAACUCGGUGUUUCCCUUGGCGAACCGUCGAAGCAGGCUCUGACGCUGCUAGUAGUUCGACUUCUACCGCGACGUGAGUGUGCAUUGAGAAAAGAAAUAAAAGUAUUUAGACGUAAGCUGAUAAGAUUCCUGGGGUGAAUUACAGAAAAAAAGUGUUGUGGCUUCACGGUUUGAGCAGUGGUUUUGUUAAUCGAAGGAGAAAAGCGCAUCCAGAAAUUCCAGUAGCUUGCAGUCAGUGUUUGUUCGACAGCAAGGAAAACUUGUUCCAGCAAUUGCCGCUUGGCUGCGUGGAGUCCGAAAACAAAUUGUGAUUAUCGCAGCAGGCGUGGGCUGAUGUAAAUCUCCAGUUCGAAAUUGGAGACUGUUGUUGCUAAUGUUCGCGACUUGAAAGCUGAUCGGCGAGGACUUGCCGUCGUCGACCAUGAAAGAAAUGUGCAAUCCGCAGAUCAAACGGAAUCAUUGAAAAGAAUCCUUGAGAACGUGGUGAAUCGAGUGCAGUGAAGUGAAGACGACCCCAUAAAUACACAAACACACACACACACAUACACAGAGAAGGAGAGAUAGACAGAGAUAGAAGCCAUCAUCCGUUCACAGUUCACAGUGUACGGUGACAACAAAUUGAAAUGUGAAAACGGCAAGUUGGAAAUCGAAAAGCACUUUAGAGCCGAACAGAGAACCGGAGGAAAAACCGGAAGGCGCCCAUUUCUCUUUCAAUAGCAAGCAAUUUCCAGACCAUUAGUGGGGGCAUUUGUGACAGCUAUACAAAGCGAGUGAGAGAGAGAGAGCUAGCAUCCAUCCUUGAAGUUUUGAACUGCUCGUGCAAAGGUUGCUUUGUUGGUUGCUGUCGAUGUGUUCUUGAAUUGUGGAGGGGGUUUCUGAGGUCAAUGUUGAGGAAAGGAAAUCAAGUGGAACGAGACCAAGAGCGCAAAUCAAGGGAAAGCCAGAAGUAGUUGCAUUAGCGAAGAAGUUCAAGGUGGGGGUAACAUCUUUCCAUUCUGCUGCUCUCCAAGGGUGGGGGCAAGAAGUGUUCGGUUUUGGUGUUGCUCCGGAGGCGCUUGUGUGUCGGUUGUGUGGGUUGAAUGGCUACUACCGGACGACAUCGACAGCAACGUCAACGAGGUGCAGCAGAUAGAAGCAAUAGCAGAAGCAGAUUCAGCAGCAUCAACAUCAACAGCAACACCGCCGUGAAGAAGAGUGCUGUCAGUGUCAACGGUUUGUGUUCGUCAUCGUCGGAAUCGUUGGCCGUUGGCGUGUUACGUGAACCGCAAAAUGGCUAGAUUCUGCCUGCGAUUCUGGUCCGAGCUGAGAUUUGUUAGAGCAAACGAGAGUUUCACUUCUACUACCGGAGUCGACUGUAGCACAGCGACAUUCCACACCACAGAAGCCGGCCCUGUCGGCAAGAAAUCUACAAUCAGAAGAAAGAGAUACAGAAGAGUGGCCUUUGUUGGUGGCGUUCGGUUAUCGGCAAGUCGUUCGGAUCGAAGCAAGCUGCCAUCGCUGUCACUCUGCAACAGAGUUGGAGAUGAUCACCGGCCACCACUAGGACCGGAAGAGUCGGCAGUGGUUGGUCAUCGCUUACCGUUGUGCGCCGGAAUCGAACCGCCGCGGAGCAGCGUCCGAGAUGAAUGCGACCGAGUGCAACAGCCUGAUUGCCUCGGUCGAGUGGACCGAGCCGCGCAAGAUCCUGCUGCUGGCCAUCCUCAUCUUCAUCGACAUUUUGGUCAUCGUCGGGAACACGCUCGUGGUGGCCGCCGUCACCAGUUCGCAUAAGCUUAGGAGUGUUACCAAUUUUUUCAUCGUUAGUCUAGCCGUUGCCGAUUUGUUAGUUGGAUUAGCUGUAUUGCCGUUUUCGGCCACCUGGGAGGUGUUUAAGGUAUGGAUCUUCGGUGACGUGUGGUGCCGCGUUUGGCUGGCCGUCGAUGUCUGGAUGUGCACCGCUUCGAUACUGAACCUGUGCGCGAUUUCGCUCGACCGCUACGUGGCCGUCACCCGUCCCGUCACCUACCCGAGCAUCAUGUCCACCAGGAGGGCCAAGUCGCUCAUCGCCGGGCUGUGGGUGUUGUCCUUUGUGAUCUGCUUUCCGCCGCUGGUCGGGUGGAAGGAGCAGAAAGUGAAAGAGAACCUAUUAUUACCGUAUGGAAAUCACACGCUGGUGUCAAUGUCACCGUCACCAGUCACUUCCACCUCAUCGUAUUCAUCAUCGCCAUCAGUGUCGUCGAUAUCAUCAUCGUCUUCAUCGCCAUCAACAGGAACGUCCUCGGCUUUCAGCACCAUAACCUCCUCCUCGAUUGCCGAGAGCUGGGAAGUGGGAGGGAUGGGCGAAACGUCCCCCAAUCCGCCCCCCUGCCCGUGGACCUGCGAGCUGACAAACGACGCCGGAUACGUCGUCUACUCGGCCCUGGGGUCCUUCUACAUCCCCAUGUUCGUGAUGCUGUUCUUCUACUGGCGCAUUUAUCGGGCCGCCGAGCGGACCACACGUGCCAUCAAUCAGGGAUUUAGGACCACCAAAGGUGGCAAGAAGAGCAACAACUUCGACGACAGUCUGACGCUUCGGAUGCAUCGCGGCAAAGGCGUCGGAGCCCUGAUGGCGUCCACCAUGCGAACACACAACAUGCUCAUCGAAGGUUCGGCCGUGCGUCCCUCCAGCGUUAGCAACGCCUCCUCCACCGCCAACGCGAAUCCUCAGAUCUCGAUAUCCUGCCCUAGUGGGAACACGUCUCAUCUCACCAGUCCUACCGUAUCGCUAGGCUCAUCGCUCCAGAUCAACCUGCCGUCGCAGCACAACGGAGGUAGCAGCAGUGCCGGAGGUUCCGGUUCCGGACGCUAUCCUCCUAGCCGACCCAACUCGCGGCGGAAAUCCGUCUUCAAGGAAGCCCCGGCCGGAAUCUCCCGGGAUCUGUCGCCGAACUCAUCCAAGAAGCUUGGCAAAAAGCACUUGAAGGUGCAGGUCAAACGGUUUCGCAUGGAGACCAAAGCGGCCAAAACGCUUGCCAUCAUAGUAGGCGGGUUUAUUAUUUGCUGGCUGCCCUUCUUCACCAUGUACCUCAUCAGGGCGUUCUGCGAUGACUGCAUCAACGACACCUUGUUCUCGAUCCUCUUCUGGCUCGGUUACUGCAAUUCAGCCGUCAAUCCCUUCAUCUACGCUCUCUUCUCGCGUGACUUCCGGCAGGCCUUCAAACGGAUCAUCAUGCGGUGCUUCUGCUGGAAGCGGUUCAAGAUCAACCUCCUGAAGAAGUCCUCAACCACGCAGCAUACUAACAAUCAUAGCUACAGCCCGUCGGCCUUCACUCCGCUGGCGUCUACGCCGCGAACCGAACUGGACAGUACAGUCUUCAGAUGACGAUCCUUCAGCUCGCUGGAACCGCCAACACCGCCGUACGGCUCUGGUAAGAGGUCCCAUUCGCCUUCCGGUGCGGGGCCGGGACUGUUUCGGUCCACUUCGGUGAGGACGCCGUUCUAUAGCAGUAGUGCUUCGGCGGCAAGGUCAACGGUGGAAGCCCCGCUUCCUCACCGCCCGACAGUGGUCGAGUACCAGCAGGGAGUGGGCGGUGGAGGAACGGCUCGGACGCAACGGGUCAUUGCCGAGGAGGAUCAGACGAUCGACAAGGAUGACGAACCGUCGUCGGCGGGAACCGUGGACAAGAGCGGGAAAACGAUUACGAGCCUGUAAGGCUGGGCUUGGGCGGGAGGCUUGGGGUGACCGUUCAGAUUGGGAAAGGGGUGACCGAAACGGAACUGACAGGUUUGGGGCUUUGCGGGGGUGGGAAAUACGGCGAAAGGUAAGUGGAACCGUUGAGUGCAUGCUUGUUUCAUGUGAACAGUCUACAGUGGUCAAGCCUUAUAGGGAAAAUAUGUCAAAUCUGCAAUCGUAAAUCUUGCUCCUUUAAUGUCCCUUACGGAUAUAAAGAUAUCACUGUAUUAGCAGUUUAACGCUACAAUACAUGGCUCGUGGCUCCUAUGUCCAUCCUCGUUUCUGCUCUAACUUCACCAAAUCGUUGGGCUUUUGGGCUUCUUAACCAGCAACCGAAUCUGAAACAACAUGACCUGCCCAUCGUAUCCUUCUGAGUACUGGGAUCACCGUAGAGCUGGGCAAGCUUGUGAUUCAGGCGUUCGUAAACUCCAGGAGCCUACAGGUCCACCAGGUAUUACCGCUACUAUCAACCGUCAGCAUCGAUCCAAGGUAGACGAACUCAUUAGUACCGUUCUGAAUGCUUCGUACGCUUCUUUCUGGAAGCUUGGAA